AAAGACAUAAAUGAUAAAACCUACUUCUAUCACACAAAAAAUAGAACAUAUAUCUUCAGUUCCCUCUUUAUUUUCCUUCCUUUUACAUCCACAAAUGAAUAACUCCACCAUCACCACCACCACCACCACCACCACCGCCAUCAAACGUCAUAAAAUCCACCACGACCACGACCAUGACCAUGACCAUGACCAUGAUGAUCAUCAGUCCUUGAUCCCUGGACUUCCCGAUCAUAUCGCUCAAAUUUGUUUGAAUCUCGUAAAUCCUUUUACGCUUUUUUCCACUUGCCAUUCAUGGCGUAAACUUAUCUACUCACCUUCUUUUCCUCCAUUUUUAUCUAUAUAUGCUUUGUUAUUGCCUCCAAAAUCAUCAACAGUUGAAACAAAACAUUCAGCAUAUUUUAGCAAUUCAGUAGAAUUUGCCUGUUUCGAUCCAGUUUCAUCGAAAUGGCAGCAACUUCCUCCACCUCCACCAGAUCCGCCCCUUCGCUUCCUGGUUAAACACCCUUCAUUUAUUGCUAGAAACCUUCCGAUUCAAUCGGUGAGCGUUUCUGGCAACUUAAUUCUCCUCGCGGCAACCGGGGACCAGUUUUCCCCGGCAAUUUCUCGCCCUCUGAUUUUCAACCCGAGGGCGAGAAAAUGGAGCUAUGGUCCCCGGCUUGCCGCGCCGCGCAGGUGGUGCGCGGCCGGCGCAUUGGGAAACUCAGUGUAUGUGGCGAGUGGAGUUGGGUCCCACUAUAACCCCGAGGUAGCUCGGUCAGUUGUGAAGUGGGACCUAGAUGAGAGUAAUAGAAAUGGGGCCCACGGGCCCCAUUACUGUUACUGCAACCACACAUGUACACGUGGCAUAAAAAGUGGAUGGAAAUGGGAAGAAAUGAGUGGGUUAAAAGAUGGGAAGUUUAGCAGGGAAGCAAUUGAUGCUAUUGGAUGGAAAGGCAAAUUGUGUAUGGUCAAUGUGAAAGGUGAUGCAGCUAAAGAAGGGAUAAUAUAUAAUGUGAGAAAUGACACGUGGCAAGAGAUGCCCGAGGGUAUGCUAAUGGGGUGGAGGGGUCCCGCGGUCGCGAUGGCGGAGGAGACAAUUUAUAUGGUGGAUGAAUCUAAAGGGGCAUUGAGGAGAUAUGAUGAAGAGAGGGAUGUUUGGGUGGAAAUAGUUGAAAAUGAGAUGCUUAAAGGUGCGGAACACGUAGCGGCGGGUGGUGGUAGAGUGUGCGUGGUUGGCGGUGGCGGUGGGAUAGCGGUGGUGGAUGUGGUGGCGGAGCCGCCAAGGUUGGUGGUAGUUGAAACUCCGGUAGGGUUUCAGGUUUUGAAUAUACAUAUUUUACCUAGGAUGAGUCAAUUGGCUGAUUUUGAGUCUACAGAACAAGGUGAUUAUUGAAUGUACAAUUUUCUUUCCUUGAUUAAUUUAUUUUUCAAUUUUUGUAUAAUUUUUCUCCGAGAUAUGAAAGGUAUACAUUAUACAUAAUACACCUACAAUAUGUGCAAUGUAAGAAUUUAUUUUCGAUUUACAUGAUGUAGUAGUAGUGAUUAUUGACUGCAAAUUCCCGCAAUGAAAGUUGACAUGACUUUAUGCUCAAGAAAA